AUGGAGAGGAGUGAUUCGAGAACAAAGUGGGACUUGAACAGGUUCGACUUUAUGGAGCUGAAUGGUGAAGAUUACUCAUGUUGUAAAUCACCAUGGCCUGCAAAAUAUUACAGCUGCAGCUUUUGCAAAAGGGAAUUCAGGUCAGCUCAAGCACUCGGGGGUCACAUGAAUGUUCAUAGGAAGGAUAGAGCCAGGUUAAGAUUGUUAUCUUCAUGGGUUUUAGAAUCCCAGAACCCUAACAAACCAAACCCUAACCCUAACCUUAAUGCUUCACCGUCGUCUAAUUUAAUAUCCUCUCAUUCGGCUAACAUAUCAGCCUAUCCCCAUCAUUCCUUGCUUUCCCCACUCUACAACACUACUACUCCUUCUCCAUCUUCAGUUCUAUCCUAUGGGGAAAACCGAAGAAAGCCCUUCAACUCUCAACUCGGAGAUUUGGCAAAUUUGAAGAUGCACCCUCAGAACUACGAGCUUGAAGAUUCAAAGGAGGUUUUAGAUUUGGAGCUUCGACUCGGUCAUCUUUAA